CAAGCACACAAAAACAUUGGCCAGUCUCAAGCCACUCACUCCUCAAAAAUAAAAUCCCCCCCAUUACCCCUUGCUUACACAGAAUCAAACACACUUUGAUCACCCAUACAACCAUGGCUCAUGCAAUGGCAUCAAUGGCUGGUUUGGGUGGCUCAUCUCAAGCAGUGUUAGAGGGUAGCCUCCAGCUCAGUAGUGGCUCCAAUCGCUUGACCAGUGGCUCAAACCAUGGUGCUACUACUCCUGCUAGGUUGGUUGUUAGUCGACAGGGAAUUAGAGCAGCGCAACAGCAGCUUUCAAUUGAAACUGAAGAAGCUGUGGGCCGCCGAGCAAUGCUCAGCUUCUUGGCGGCUGGUGUUGCCUCCGCGUCCUUCGUCAAGUCGGCCUUGGCUGCGGUCAAGCCCAUCAAAGUAGGCCCUGCGCCGCCCCCUUCUGGUGGAUUACCCGGAACCUUGAAUUCGGAUGAGCCUAGGGACUUGGAGCAGCCCCUAAAGACUCGAUUCUACAUUCAACCCCUAGCCCCAGCUGAGGCAGCAGCUCGCGCAAAAGACUCAGCCAAGGACAUAAUAGGUGUGAAGCAGUUAAUCGACAAGAAGGCAUGGACUUAUGUCCAAAUGGACCUUCGCCUCAAGGCUGGGUACCUUCGAUACGAUCUCAACACUGUCAUCGCAGCCAAGCCGAAGGAUGAGAAGAAGCCACUUAAGGAGCUGACUGGCAAGCUCUUCAGCCAAAUCGACAAACUUGACCAUGCUGCAAAAAUCAAGAGCACCCCAGAGGCAGAGAAAUACUAUGCAGAGACUGUCUCCGCCCUCAAUGAUGUCCUCUCUAAGCUUGGAUGAAGUGUAUAUCUCCCUUUCCUUUCAAAUUUCCUUUUAUGGUUUUAUCUUUCAUGUCCAUCAGUUCCUCUCAUGUCAAUUAGGCGUUCUUGGAAGUAAACUGGUUUUGGCUGUAAUUUGAAAUGGCUUUCUAAGUUGCCUGAAAUUUGAGGUCAAAUAGCAUAUUGGUAUCAAAUUAAUUGUAACAGGGAAUUGUUUGAGGUUGUCUGCA